GAUCCUUGUCCAGUCGAUUUGAUCCUUGUCCAGUCAAGUUGAUCCUUGUCCAGUCGAUUUGAUCCUUGUCCAGUCAAGUUGAUCCUUGUCCAGUGGAUUUAAUCCCUGUCCAGUAAGACUGUUGUUAUAGUAUUUAUUUGAUCCCUGUCCAGUCAAGUUGAUCCCUGUCCAGUCAAGUUGAUCCCUGUCCAGUCCAUUUAAUCCUUGCCCAGUUGAGUUGCUAGUAUAGUAUUUAUUUGAUCCCUGUCUAGUCAAGUUGAUCCUUGUCCAGUCGAUUUGAUCCCUGUCCAGUCAAGUUGAUCCUUGUCCAGUCAAGUUGAUCCUUGUCCAGUGGAUUUAAUCCCUGUCCAGUAAGACUGUUGUUUUAGUUUUAACAUCUAUAAUGUCUAAAAUCAAUAUUUAUUUGAGAAUUGUCAAGUCGUUGUGAUCAUUGUCCAGUCCUUGGGAUCAUUGACUGUCCAAUCAAUUUAAUGCUUGUCCAGUUGAGUUGUUAUUAUAGUCAAGUUGAUCGCUGUCUAGUCAAGUUGACCCCUGUCCAGUCAGGUUGAUCAUUGACCAGUUGUUUUGAUCACUGUCUAGUCAAGCUGUUAAAGUCAAGUCAAUCCCUGUCCAGUCGAUUUGAUCUCUGUCCAGUCAAAAUGAUCCUUGUCCAGUCAAGUUGAUCCUUGUCCAGUGGAGUUAAUCCCUGUCCAGUCAAGUUGAUCCUUGUCCAGUCAGGCUGUUGUUAUAGGUUCACCACAACAUUAUAACUCCCGCAAUAUUUCAACAGUAUAUAUCUAUGAGAACGCAACCCAAUAAAGCAAGAACGGAAAUACCGUAUGUAGAGAGAUGCUUUAGAUGGUGGCAUUUCCUUUCUGAUAAAUUUAGCCUACCUCAGACGUACUUUCAUCAGUUUUAAUCGAAUUAGAAAUAAUGGAAGAUUGGAAUCUUAAACUUAUUAAAGCUGCUAGAGAUGGAAGCGUAGAGGACUUAAAGCUUUGCAUAGAGAAUGGAGCAAACAUUGAAUUUAAAGCUAGUGGAUGGACAGCAUUAAUGUUUGCUGCCAUGGAAGGACAUGGGGAAGUGUGUCGACUUCUCCUGGAGAACAGAUGUAACAAAGAUAUCACAGAUGUUAGAGGAUGGACAGCAUUAAUGUCGGCUGCCAGUGAAGGACAUGUGGAAGUGUGUCAACUUCUCCUGGAGAACAGAUGUAAAACAGAUAUCACAUAUGUAGAUGGAAAAACAGCUUUACAUCUGGCUGCUGAGUGGGGAUAUCUACAGACCACAAGAUGUCUUGUAGAAGAAGGAGAUAUCAGUCCCUUGGUUAAAACACAUCAGGGUAAGACUCCAUACGAUCUAGCAGCAGCAGGAAAAAAUGGGCAGUAUAAAGAAGUGAUGGAAUACUUACAGACUGCUGUACUAAGGAUUAAAGAUAAUAAAGUUCCAACUGAAAUAGAAUUAAUGGCUGACAAAAGAUCUGUUCCUUUGUACCUCAAAUUACUCGAGUCAGGAUCUGAGAAAAAAAGAGACAUACGUUUAGUAAUAGUUGGGAAGAAAGGUGCGGGUAAGACUUCAUUGGUUAACAGGUUAUUCAAAGAGGGAAAGAAAGAUGGUGGACCCACAUCAUUAUUUAAAAGAUUGUUUGGAAGAAAUAAUGCAGAUGUUUCAAGCACGAAUGGAAUAGAAAUUCAUGUGAUAAAAUGUAAAGCAGAAUUUGGUGAUAGCAUUUGGAAUAAAUUAGAAGGUAACUAUAAAGAAACUGAACUUAAUGCAAGAUUAUUAAAACCAUACGAAGAAAAACUAGCCAAUAAGCAUAGCUUAGCCAGCAUUGUAAAAGCAGCCCACAAUACCUUUAAGGACACCACUUCACCGACAGGUUUUGAUGAAUCAAAGAUACCUUUAUCAACAUCUCAGCCUACAAAACUAAAACAUCCACUAGACACUGAAGAAACACAAGAAGACUCUCAAAUCGAAGGCCAAGUAGCCACUGUCUAUACUGAAAAACCCUCAGAAGACACUCAAGUUAAACAUUCAGACGGAGCUCAUGAAAUGGUUAAAGACAAUACCCUCAUAACCAAUGUUUACAGACGUGUUGAUGAAUCAAAUGAUUCAAUAAUUUUUUCUCAACAGUGUGAAAAAAUAAAAUCUCCAGUAGUCACUCAAGUUGAACCUCCAGUAACCACUAAAUCUAAAAUAACCAACCAAGAGCAAGAAAACCUACUAUUAUCAAAAGCACAUAUGGAUAUCAAAGCCAUGAUGGACAAAUCUAAAAUUCAUUUACAUGACAAAGAGGAGUAUGUCAACUUUUUAUUAUGGGAUUUUGCAGGUGAUGAAGAAUUUUACCACACACACCAGACAUUUCUGUCCCAAGAUGCAAUUUAUCUCGUUGUUACAAAACUGAAUGAGGCUGAUGACAAAAAUGCACAAGAAAUGUUUCAGUUGUGGAUGAAUUCAAUACAUUGCUACUGUAGACUUGAUGAUCAGCAAAAUAAACCUGAAAGUGUUAAAAUGGAUGAGAGUACGGAAAAAGAGGAGACAAAUAUGUGUGAUCCACCAGUAAUUCUUGUUGGUUCACAUAAAGACAAAGUCAGAAAUUCAAAGGGAGAAACGAUGGGGAUUAAAUGCAAGAAGCAGAUUGAAAACUAUAUGAAAGGUGUUUCAGAUUAUGCCUGUGGACAUAUACGAUCUGAAUACUUCAUUUCAAAUACAAAAGAUGAUGAUAGUGUAUUCCAGAAAAUAAAACAGGACAUAUUAAACUUAGCCAGAGGAAUGAAAUCAUGGAAUAAAGCCUACCCAUUGAAAUUUACACAACUGGAAAAAAGUCUUCAAGAGAAGAUGCUGGAGUUACAAAUUCCAAUUAUAACUUUCAAUGAACUGAUGAAAAUCUCUCUUGAAACACCAAUGCCAAUGAAUGAUGAGGAACUUAAGUUGUUUUUGAAACUUCACCAUGAAUUAAGAGCUAUAGUUUAUUUUGGGGAUCUUCCUGAUUUUAUUAUUUUAGAUACACAGUGGCUGUCGGACGCUUUUAAAUGCAUAGUAACAGCAGAGAAAUUUCAAUUUGAUGUAAGCAGACAUAAAAUGAAGGACAAACUGGAGGAUUUAAAUGUUAGAGGAAUAUUACAUACUGAGGUUUUGGACGAUAUUUUUAAAGAUAAAAGAAAUGUUUUGUAUAAACAUGAGCAACAUAAAGAUGAUAUCCUUAAUAUUAUGGAGAAGUUUGAUAUCAUUAUACCUGCAACCCGAGAAAGUGCUGAUGAAAAACCUUGCUACUAUGUUCCUUGCAUGGUAAAAUCACAAUCCGAGUAUGACACAUUUAAGAUGUUGAAUGUAACCAAAGAUACCUGUCAGAAAUCCACAUGGUUAUGUUUCAAAUUUAGGUUCUUACCACCACAUCUAAUUAAUCAUUUAAUUGCUUCACUGAGUCGAGUGUUCGAAGUUGCACAACUGACUGUCCCUAAUCAUAAGAAAUUGCAAGUUGCUCUUUUUAAAGACAAUGUGGUAUUUGAGUUAAAGCAGACAAAAUUGAGAAAAUUGCUUUUAAUGAAAUUUCAAAAUAUAAUUCAGGUUCAGGUUCUGGAAUUUGGAACAGGUGCUGUUAUCAAAAGAGGUUUGUUCAAAGACAUUGGCGACUUUGUAACAGACGAAUUACAAAAGAUAAUACAUACAAGAUUCAAAAUGCCAAAUGUAGAGUUUGAGAAAAAGUUUGAUUGUGGCCUUACAGAACCAGAACUAGUGACAGGAUCUAAUGAAUUUAGUGAGGAGGAGAUAACAGAAUAUCUUUGUGGGUCAUGUACAACACUUCAUCCAUUUAUUGGCGAAUGGUCAAAAGAAGGACAUGAAGUGCUGUCUUUGUCAAAGAGUCCUGAAGAUAUUCCCAGAUAUUAUCCUAACGCAGAAAGCUUGGGACAAAUCCAAACUACGGGUACAUCCACCAAGGUACGUGUCCGUGUCCAAGCUGGUGAAAGAGUAUUUUCAAAUAUCAACGAUGAAGCAACAGGAACAGACAGUUCGUCAGUGUUCACCAAAGAGGAAAUAAAUUUUACAAAGAUGGGAAUGAUUGCGCUGAAUAUUUUUGCUGAUGUUUUAUAUGACCUCUUAAUACAAGACAAAGCAAAUGUAUGCACAAGGACCGAUUGUGAUAUAACAUAUUUAUAUCGUGAACACAGGAAACUAAAUAAACACAUUCCUAGUAAUUCUUGGGGAGGAUCAUGGCAAACAAUUCAGACAACAGACAUAGCGAUUGGAGAUGAUAUUGAGCGCAUUAGACUUACGAGAAAUGAACUACAACACUCGAGGAUAUUUAAACUUGACGAAACACGUUUUAAUGAGCUAAGUAAUAAGUCAAGAGACAUUUUAAAAAGGUUUGAUCGUCAUAACACACCAACAAGGCUGUAUACAGAUCAUCUAAAUGACAUUUUGGCUAAAACUAUUUCUGCAGAGGAAGUGAAAUCAAUUGAAAAUGAAAUAUUAGGGAUGACAAUUGAAGUUGAAAUUGAGCACUAAAUCAAUGUUCCACCAUAAUAGAGAAAUAUAUCAUCAGAAGUACACAGUCUACCAAAGCAACAGAUAUGCAGUCGAUCUUCUAUAUUAAAUAGAAACAUAAAUUUGUGAAAUUUAGGUUGAAACUAUUUAUUCAUAAAACUAUAGACAGCAAGAUGAAGAAAGUGAACCAAAUGGAAAAUAUUGGACUAACGUUAAAGAUUUGACCAAUAUGUGAAUGUAUAAUUACUGGGUUUUUUUUCUCAAGAGGAUUCAAAUGCAACUAACACUGUAAUGGUAAUAUUGGUAAUACCUUACUACUCAUCUAAUUGCUAUUUACAUACUAUAACAAAUAUAUGUUAAACUUUAUAAACAUGUAUCUAUUCUUGCAUGGAAAUCAAGAAAACUUGUAUAUUACAGAACUGAAGUGUUUGCAGCAGAUUUGCUGCAAACUUGCUGCAGGUCUGCUGCAAACAAAAAACUUGCAGGAACCCUUAAAAUAAUGUUUGCAGGUGUUUGCAGCUAGCUGCAAACCUCAUACAAACAUUGCAGCUUUUUGCAGGAAAAACUAGAAUUUAAGAGAGGUUCGCAGCUAGAUUGCAGAAAUCUUUGACAAUUUUAUGUUUGCAAGAGCAUUGCAAAAAACUACAUAAAACGACUGAGCAUGCCUAUUGGUAACUUCUUGCAAGAUAAAGAUUAGAAAUUUGAAAAUGUUGGUGAUGUUUGUGUCGUGAUAUAUAUUAGUUUCCAAAAAGGCAUUAUAGUUGGGAAAUUAACAGAUAAGUUUUCAAAGACAUUGAUUGUGAGUUCAAAUUGAGCAUAGAAUGUUAACUUGUGAAAUUCUUUCCCGGCGGCUCCACAGAUAUCUGCAUGAGGUUUAAAAUACAUUUUCAAAUAAGUAGCCAUGCAAUAUUCAGUACUCCCUCAUAUGCUUAGAGAUUAUAACUUGUGACAUAUUUUGUUGUAAGUCUACUUGAAUUUUUUGACAAUUUUAAUUUAACUAGCUGUUAAAUAUAUGCACAAAAUAAAUUUCAAAUAAACCUUUCUUGAAUUUAAGAUUCAUGCAUGUAAUUCAUUUGAGAACGUACCUGGAAUUAAUCUAACUUAUUAAAAGGUAUAAACUUAUGGUAUGAUAAUUUUUCCGAUGAUAAAGUAAUUGAAUUAUUAUAUGUAUGGAUGUAACAUAACUUUUUUCAAAAUUUGCUGUGUGAUAUAGUAAAUAUGAUGUGUACACAGCAUGACAUUGGUUAAUAGUAUAACGUGUGUAGUUCUUGCAAGUUUGCAGCAAACACGCAGGAAAAAGAUUGAUUUGAAUAAAUAUGUUUGCAGCAGGUCUGCACCAAGUACGCAGGAAAGAGAUUAAUUUGCAUUAAUAUGUUUGAAGCAGGUCUGCAGCAAACACUCAUUUGCAUAUUAAUAUUUGCAGCAGGUCUGCAGCAAACACGCAGGAGGGAGAUUAAUUUGUAUAAAUAUGUUUGCAGCAGGUCUGCAGCAAACACUCAUUUGCAUAUAAACGUUUGCAGCAGGUAUGCAGCAAACACUCAUUUGCAUGGUAAAUUGUUUGCAGCAUAUUGGCAGCAAAUACGCCGCAAAUACGGACUCUGUGUUCGCUGCAAGUCUGCUGCGAGUUCGCAGUAGACUUGCAGCAAAUGUCUGCAGGAGGUUGAUUUUUUCAGUAAGGGUAUAGUGCCUUGAGAAACAUGAGACAAAACCGGAAAACAUUUUUUCUUUGUUUUUGAUAAGAAAGAUAUAAGAAAUAUUUGCCAAUAAGGGCAUCAGGUGUUGAUGCCAUAUAUAUAUUCACAGAAUUAUCAUUUAGUUACCACUUUAUGGCUGGAAUAUUGUUUUGUUAUGUAUCUGUCCCACAAUUUUUAACAUAUAUCCACCAUCUUGUUUCAUUAAUUUUCAUAAUAAAAGGAAAAUUUUAAUAAUUA